AUGUCUCCUUCAACUUUUAAAAGACUUUUACAAAUUGUGGCUCAUGAUAUAACAAAAAAUACUACGAAAAUGCGUAAACCUAUUUGUGCACAAGAAAGGCUUGCUAUAACAGUAAGGUAUUUGGCAACUGGGGAUGCACAUACUACAAUAGCUGCUAAUUAUCGAAUGUCACCAACCACUGUUGGCAGAAUAGUUCAUGAAACUUGUAAUGCUAUUUGGAACAACUUGUUACGAGAAUACGUAAAAACGCCUAAUUCUGAAACUGAGUGGGAAAAAAUUGCCUACGAAUUUGAAACCAGAUGGCACUUUCCACACUGUAUUGGUGCCAUUGAUGGUAAGCAUGUUCAAAUGUUUGCUCCAGCUUGA